CUAUGGGCUUCUUGCAGUUUACCAACACGACAAUGGCCGAAUUGUCUGUAUAGAUAUUUUUUAUUGGCCCAUACAUCUCGACCUGCCAUGUCUUUGGUUUUAAAAAUGGCGUAUACAAGCUUUUUGUUUGCCGGUUUAUGCGAAUGAAUUAUUUCCAAGACGUCUCGAGUUGUCUAACGAGACAGAAACGUCGUGAAUAUGAAAUUAAAGUACAUGUGUAGGUAUAUUAAUAACGCCGUGGACCCCGUGAACGAAUUUUCAUAGCGUUAUGGUGAAUUAGAAUGGUGUCUGUGGCUUGUCAAUCUCGCACGUCGUCAGGUUACCAAUUCGUAACGUAAAUAUCAUCAAGCGAGCGUUUUAUAUUUCAGAUAUGACAGUGUCGCAUAACAGUAGAUAAUGGAGAGCUCGGAAGAUGAUGCGGGCCCCGCGACAAUCGCUUCCCGCCGUGCAUCGGCGCGGGAAAGGGACGUCGGCCAGGCCGAGGACCUCGAUGCACCCACUGGCAUCUACCAACAAGAUCGAACAGAGAGUAGGACGUCGUGCCAAACCCCCGCGAUGUCGGAGGAUAAUUUCGACGGUGACAGCGUACCAUCGCCGUCGGUGCAAGACGUCAACACAAGUACCGAAGCGAUACUUGACAUGAUAGAUGAAAUCGUGGAUGGACCAGGCGCACCAAAGCGAAUACCUAUCGCAAGCGAUACUCUUCUGGUCGCUCAUGAAAUUGCUUCGGAGGAUGAUUCGGGACUCAGUCAAGAGCUUUUGAAUACAAACAGUACUGAGUCUUUAACACCAAUUCCAGAUGUUUCGCCCGCGCUAGACGUCAAUGCCGACGAUACAGUUGUAAAUAGCUCUGCUACUGAACAACAAAUUAGUGCGGAAUUAAAUAUUGCAAGUGUAAAUAGUGAAAAUAUGUGUCAAGAAAGGCUACUCAUACCAACAGAAGAGUGUACAACAACUGAAAAAGAGUGUAUAGUGUCACAAGUAGAACUUGAGCCUUCAAGCUCACAAACAUUGUCAAAUAUUCCUUCCAGCAGUGCAUUUCAUGUGCAAAGUGUUUCUGAAACUGUUAGUGAAAGUGAAAAAACAGAUAGAACAGUUAAAUGUGUCACAUCUAGUGAGAUUCAGAACAGAAUAAGAAUAGAAUCCGCUGAGUCAACUUCAAGUGAUUGUAGUGUUAGUGAGGACAAGAUUGCAGAGCCUACAACAAAGGUACCUUUGAGACGAAGGCUUGUGAGGCCAGCCCGUUGUGAUCGGCGUUCUGAUUGCACAGUAUCUUCCAGUGUGGACUUGAAAUCUGUUAAUAUUAAUACUAUUGUAAGUGUAAGUGAAAAUGUACCCAAGGAUGUAACUAGUUCUUCAGAUUCCAAUCAGUCUGUUCAUGAAGUUCUGAGACCUGAGGUUAGUGUUUUAAAUGAGAUUAGUAUCAGCAAAAUUGAAAUUCCGGCGGGUUCUCCUAAAAAAAUUAAACUCAUUAGGCAAAAACCUGUUUUAAAAGACAAAGAAAGUAUUGUUGAGAACCUGCAACAAUUUAAAGUGGAGAAGGAGCAAUGUCAACCUACAUCUUCUGGAACAGUGUUAAUAAGUGAAAUUACUAAAGAUAUACCAUGUAAUUUAGAAACUUCGCAGCCACUAAAAUCUACAGAUUCAUUGAAUGUAAACAAAUCAGAAGAUUGUCCUUCACAAACUAAUGAUGUUAAUGAUGUUUCAUUAGAUUAUUGUGAAGCACAAAAAAUACAAAAAUCUGAAAUAGCAGUGAAUAUGUUUAUAGAAGCAAAUUUGAAUGCUGAACCAAAAUAUGGAUCUGCUCCAGAUUUUUUAUCCUUCAAUGUAAAUGAUGUGAGAGAAAAUGAAAAUGACAAAAAUGAGAGUGUAUCUCUUAAUGCAGUGUCUGAGGUACUAACUGGUCUAAGUGAAACCUCAUCUAAUAAACACAAUCAGCUAAUUGUGGAUGUGGCUUCAACUUCUAACAAAGAAACUUUAAAUGCUAAAGUCAUAACAAAAGAAAACAGCAGUCUCACACAAGAAGAAAAAAUAAUUAUACCACCUAUUAAAUUAAAUGUAUGUUUGCCGGAUACAGAGAUUGCAAAUUUAAAUGAUCAGAACCGGGCAGAAGUUCAAAUGGAACACAUAGCUGAAUUGGAACCAUGUAAACAGGUUCCUAAAUUAACAAUUAAAUUAGGAAUCAAGCCACCUGAAGAAGUAAAGUCACCAAUUCCUAAAGUUACAAUAAAAUCAAUUAGAACAGACGAGCAGUCUUUCUUGAGAGCUGAAGAUGAACAAGAAAAACCAACUGUGACAAAAUUUAAUAUCAAACCAAUACUUAAACCACAGAGUGAAAUUCAUGAAACUUCAUCAAACUAUGUUAAAGAUGAAGAAAAUGAUCAACAGAUUCUAUCUGUAACAAGGCUAAAUAUUAAGCCAAUCCCCAAACCACAGAGUGACCAGAAAAAAACUCAUUCUGCUGUUAAAGGUGAUCACAAAACAGAAAGUUUACAAAUCCCUUCCAUAACCAAAUUAAACAUCAAACCUAUCCUCAAACCACCAGAAAAGAUUAAUGAUUCUCACAGACAAUCAAGUAGCAGUGAGAUAUCAGAAUCAGAAUACUCUGAAAAUGAUGAAACAACCAGUACUUCAGAUCAUGCAUCAGCGUCUGAUCAUGGUUCAGAAGAUGUUCCAAAAGUAACUAUACGAUUGGGAAAAGUUGGUACUGAAAGUGAAGGGAAAUUUUAUACUGAUCAAAACGUACCCAAAUUUACAAUAAAAAGUUUACAGAACACUGAUACUGAAAUUCAGGAAACCAACUUAAAAUUACUUAUAACCAGUCAAUCAGAUGAAAAGAGACUAGAAAAAAUACCUAAGCUAACAAUAAAAACAGUUACAAAAACCGAUAGUCAACCUUUGAGUCCAAAAUUGACAAUCAAACCAUUAAAAUCUCCUGAUGGUGCAAUAAAAGAAAGUGAAAUUCCCAAAUUAAAAAUUACAUCUGAAAGUUAUUGUGGGAGUCCUGACUAUAAAGACAGUUCACAUGUGCCUAAAAUUACCAUUAAACCCAUCACAAAAAUGGAUGUUGACAGUUCAUCUAAAACAUUUAAAAAAUCUUUUACUAGUGAUGUCGCAGAACAAAUUCCCAUAAUAACAAAGUUAAAUAUUAAACCAGUGUUAAAACUUGAUUGUGGAGAAACCUCUAAUAUUGUAGAAGAAAAAGUUCCUGUUAUUUCAAAAUUAAAUAUAAAACCUGUGUUAAAACCUAAAGAUAAUGAUAAUAUAGAUUCUAAUGUUGAAAAUGUACCUAAAAUAACUAAACUAAAUAUUAAACCAAUAAAAAACCCCGAAGAAAAUUCUUCAGAUGAAAAAGACUGUGAUGGAUUGAAUGCUGAUACAAAUAAAGAUAGUGUACCUGUUGUUACUAAAAUUAAUAUUAAGCCUAUAGUUAAACCAUUGGAAGAAGAUAUCUCAAAAGAUUCAGAGAACCAAUCCUCCGAGACUGGGAACUCAAGUGAUGAUAAUGCAGAUCAUAUACCUGUUGUUACGAAGUUAAACAUAAAACCUAUUAUAAAACCAGCUGACUUUGAUGAGAACUCCAGAUUGCACAAAACUAAUGAACAAAGCAUUCCAACUGUAACAAGGCUAAACAUAAAACCAUUGGUAAAACCAGAAGAAAUAAAUGCAUCUAAGAAAGAGAGCUUGAAAAGUUCUGAUUCAAAAGUUUCUAGUGUACCUGUAGUUACUAAGUUAAAUAUUAAACCUGUAACCAAGUCUGAUGUCAAUGAAAUAGGUCAUGAUGAAAAUAAAGAAGAGGUUUGUAGUAAAAACCCUCCAAUAGUUAUGAAAAUUAACAUGAAAGCCGUUGCUGAAACAGCAUCUAAAGAAAAUGUUAAAGGGGAACACAGCCUUUGCAAUAAUGUUAAUACUCAUUUUUCACUUUCUAAACAUAGUACAGAGAUGUCAGAGAGUAGAUCUGAAGGGGACUUUUCAGAAAACCUACUCACCUGUAGUCAAGAGCCAUAUUCAUCUGAUAUUUCAAAGACUGAUCUUGUUCAAAAAGGAAAAAUUGAAGAACACAGGGAUCUUGGAUUGCACAAUUGUGUAACAAUAAAUGUUGACGAUGGCCUUUCAAAUAUCCCUAAUAUACAUUCAAAGAAUGAAAAUUUAUUAUUAGACUUGUCAACCCAUGAUAGCAUUGUGAAGCAUGUUCCCGUAACAUCAUCAAUUACAACUCAAAGUAUCACAAAAGAAAAUCACCCAGAACCUAAACAGCAAUUUUUGUUCACUGAGAAGCAAGUUUCUCAAAAAUUUAAUGUCAUUUCAACAUAUGGUGAGCCACCUGUAGGUACCAGUGGUACUUUUAAACAAAAAUCAAUAGCCUCAUCUUUACAAAAUUGUACAUUAUUAAAAAAAUUGCUAGAAAAUACAAAAGAACCAAUUGAAAAUAUAGAAUUAUCACACAGAAGUACUGUGAAUUGUCUUAGUGCAGAUCAACAAGAAUCCCAAUUAACAUUUAGAAAAGAUUUCAGUAAUUGUAAUAUUCCCCAAGCUACAACAAAAGGUAAUGACAGUGACAGUAUUAAUUAUAAUGAUAAAAAGAAAAUUAUUUCAACUCAUAGCAUCAAUAUUAAUGAAAACAGAAAAUUAACUGAAGAAAACAUAUUUGUGAAUCAAGGGAUCUGUGAAAAAUCUAAUGAAAAUUUAACUAAGCCAUUAGAAAUAAGUAUAUCAGAAAAAGUAGUGACACAAAGCUCUGGACAAGAUUCACCAAGAAUAAUUUUGAAGAUAAACAAGACUGAUCAUGGUCCUUCAGCAAAAAUAAUUACUGAAGAGACAAAAAGACCUGACUCUCCACAUAAAAGCUACAUAGAAAAUAUACAAGAAAAAAGUAGUGAAAAAGAAAGCUCAAAAAGAUAUACUACAAAUAGCAAACGUAGACAAAAUACUCCAGAUUCACCUACUGUGGCUGUAGGUAAAAGAUUACGAAGCUCUAGGAUUGUAGAAAGUGUUGAAAAGUCACCAAUUAUUAAAAGAAAUACAGGAAAAAGAUCUACAUCAGAAUCAAGCCCUCCACAAAUGAAAGAUACUGAAAUUUCUAUACUAGACAAUAAGCGUCUUAAACUAGAGCAGCUCCUGACAAGUAACAAAUCUUUAACAAUAACACCUGUUGCAUCCAAAAUAUCACCAACGUCUCCUACAAAAAGCAUAGAAAUCAAACAGUCACCAAGAUCUGUUAAUCAUUCAAUACUCAACAAUGAAAAUUGUGCAAAAAAUGGAAAUUCUAAAUUACACAAUAUUCUCUCAAAUUUACAGGCAAAGCAAAUGCAGUCAAUUUCAUUAAUUGAUAGUAAUAAUUCAAUAAAAUCUGUGAUGACUAAUCCAGAAGUUAUUUCUGAUCCGCCAGUAAGUGGUAUGGCGGAUGUAACCGAAUCUGUGAGUGAAAAUUGUCAUCCCAAAGUUCAGGAGAUGUUAAUUAAUGAGAAUUCGGAUUUUCGAGAUAACAGCAUUCCUACCGACGAAGCAUCACAGGAUCCUCUCGAAGUCGACACUUCUAAGAUUUCAGAAAACGUCGCAAACGAGAGCAGCAUUGCCAUCAGGCCUGAAGAAUUCACGCCCCAACCGAAGAAACGAGGUCGACCCCGUAAAUUGCCUACCUCGGAAGGAGCCAAACCGGUUACACUCCCAGUGACGGCGUUAGAAGAACGACCGCAACGUUCACUUCGGUUGACGAGGGAGCGUCCUUCAAUAGUGACGAAACCGCGAGGAGGGCGAGGACGCGGACGAGGUGGAAGGCGCGCCGAGGCCGAGCCAUCGCUAGCUGCCAACCCAACUCAUCCUACCGACAACCCUACCGAAGAGAUCGAUCCCACCAGCUCACGAGUGAAGCUCCCGCGUCUUACUGAGGCACUUGAUCGCAUGCCAGGAGGAUGUGUUACGCCAUUGUCGAGUCGCCGACGUGGUUCGGUGGAGCCCGAACCUAAGGUGGUACUCGAAGCGGUGACACUAGAUGAGAUGACUGUACGGCCAGAGAGCACGCCGGGCCGAGGCCGGGGUUCUCGAGGGGGCCGCACACCGCGCGGUCGCACGCCACGUUCCAGGGCGCGGGGGAGAGGAGGAGGCCGCGGCGCCGUCUAUAUGAAGGAAACCCUGGGCAUUUACGGUCGUGUUUGCGGCCCCGCGACGACCACCGUGCAACUCUUUGAAGAAGAAACAUGCAUGAUGGACGACAACGCAACGCCUGCCAAACCUUCACAUCUUCUGGAUGAGGAUUCACAAAGCUCAAUCAAAAGUUUAACAAAUGAGAGUAGCAAAUUAAAGAAGUCAAAAUUUGCAGACUUGUUUGACAGUAAUAAGCAAUGGACAGCAGCAGAUGUGAAGGAAUACAUUUGGCCACAUCCUGGAAAUAGUGAACCUCAGGUCAUGAUGAUACAAGAGCAGGUGGCGAUGUUCCUUGGCGUGAAGAGCUUCAAAAGAAGAUAUCCUGAACUAAAACGGAGAUCCAUCGUUGGUGACGAAAAGGAUUAUGUUUUAGCAAAAAGAUUGGCUACAGAAGCUCUAUGCGACUUAGGUAUAACAGCAGUGGAUGCGAGCGAAGUCUUGGAUAUCAUGCUAUCAGAUUAUCCACAUAAGUAUGAGGAAUAUCGUGCAUACCAGCGGGAAAGACAACUCACUGAACCAGAAGAGAUAGUAACUGAAGUGAAGAUGGAAGAUAAACUGACAAAAAGUGAUGUAAAAUCAGAAAAAUCUUCUGAUCACAAACCGGAAGGACCUAAAAUCGACCCUGAGAAGUUGAGACAGGAUAUGGCGGCUGCAGCGAUAGCGUCGGCCAGCGAGUGGAACGCGCGCAUGAAUGCCAGCCGCAGCGUGGCGUGCGUCGACCUGCAGAGCAUGACGGUGCACCGGCGCCGCCCCCCCGCCCCGCGACCCGCGCACCACGUGCGACCCCCCGCCGGCUUCUACCCGCACGCGCUGCUGCCUGGACAGUACCAACACGCAUACAGAAUCUAUACGCCUGAACAGCUUAGGUACUUCCCACUGAACACAGUACUGGCGGCACCGCCGGCGAGCGUGUCCCCGGAGUGCAGCUCGGAGUCCGAACCGGAGUCGGGCUCGGCCUCUGACUCCAGUGUGCACUCUGACUCACACACGCAACAAGCCAAGCGCAAAAGAGUGAGUAAAGUGAAACGCAGCAGUCAAGCGGAGAAGGAAAAAGAAAAAGAGAAGGAGAAAGAAUUAGAGCCCGCGGAGGUGGAGGACACGUGCCGCGCGUGCAAGCUGCGCCUCGAGGGGAACAGGAAGCACACGCACGAGCGGUUCCUCGUCUGCGCUACUUGCAACGCGAAACUGCACCCCGGCUGCGUGGAGCUGGGCCCGGACACGAUCCGCAAGUGCCGCGAGUACCCGUGGCAGUGCGCCGAGUGCAAGACGUGCGGCCAGUGCAGCCGCCCCGCCGACGACGACAAGAUGCUCUUCUGCGACCUCUGCGACCGCGGCUUCCACUCCUACUGUGUCGGCCUACCGGAAGUGCCCACCGGUCGGUGGCACUGCGUGGAGUGCGCCAUCUGCAAGUCGUGCGGCGCGCGGUCCCCGGCGGGCGCGGCGGCGGCGGGGGGCGCGGCGGGGGACGCGGCCCCCGAGUGGCACCACCAGACCAAGCGCGGCCCCGGCGGACACAAGGUGUACUCGCACUCGCUGUGCACGCCCUGCGCCAGGGCGUAUCGCAUCGGUCGCUACUGCCCUCUGUGCGAUCGCUCGUUCGUCGGGCCCAAGGGGACUAUGCAGCUCGUCAUAUGUAAGCUCUGCGAUAGGCAACUGCAUCAAGAGUGCGUUAGGACGACGGUGUCGGUGCUGAAGGUGUUGGACUACACGUGCGGCGAGUGCCGGCGCGGCGGGAUAACGUCGCGCGCGGCCGCCGUCCGCCUGGCGCCGCGCACUAUCGCGACGCUGUUCAUGGCCAAGCGACGGUUCAACAAGUACGCGCACCGCCAGUACAUGCUCUCGCGCACCGAGCCCGAGCCGGAACCGGACCCGCUCGACGUGGCCGCGCCCUCCGACUAGCCGCCAAGCGAACGCCGGGCUACUAAUAAUGGUCAACCAGGGUAAUUGUGAACAGUGUGUUUAGUGCGUAUUUUUUAACGUUCUCGAUAGCGUAAAAGUUACUCAAAUUUGUAUGGGAUCGUUUGCGUACGUUUGCCGCUAGGGGCGCUGUUCCAACUGUAAAUUUGAAUAAUGAAAUGUAUGAAAUGACAUUUUUAAACGUCGUUUGAUCGAACUGUAAGUUUUUUGAAGUGAACGAAACGAUUCAUUUAACGAUAUGAAUGAUUAAAAAUAAACUUUAAUUUAUCGACUGUUGAGUUAUUUAGCUCAAAUUUGAAUGGGAUCGUUUGCGUACGUUUGCCGCUAGGGGCGCUGUCCGAACUGCAUACAAAAUUGGGUUAACUUUUACGCUAUCGAGUACGUUACGAAACUGGCACUAAGCGCACAGAAGUCUCUUACGAUUUUUAAGUUAACGCAAUCCCUGUUCGAUUAUCGUCAAAAUGAGAGCACGACGGUAGCGGUUUGCAAUCAACUAAGUCUGUUUAGAAUUGCGUUGGUUGAUCUUAUGUUAGUGUUGGUGUGAACGUUAUGUGAGACAAACGAUGUUAUAGUGUGCUCGUCCAGGAUAUAGGUUUUACGUUGGGGCGUGGAGUGCGAGAGCUCGCCGAGUCGCGGCCGGACUGUGGACAUUUGUAAAUGUAGACGCGUAAAUGUGUUUCGUUCUUAAAAAACGACUAUGAUAUAAGUUUCAUCUCAAAAAAAUAAAUAUAUAUAUAUAUAU